ACCAACUUUCAUCAAGGAGGGAACCGGUCCCUCCAAAAUUCUCUCCCUCUCUCUCUCUCUCUUCUCUCUCUCUCUCUCUCUCUCUCCAUUUCAGAACUAUUUUUACGUCUUCGUCGAAACACAACAACACGAGGUUGUGAGAAGCAGCAAACAAACGAAAGGGCGAUCGAUUCAAAGAGAAUUUAUAUUCGAAAAUGUCGUGGCAAGCGUACGUCGACGAUCACCUCAUGUGCGACAUCGAGGGCAACCACCUCUCCUCCGCCGCCAUCAUCGGCCACGACGGCAGCGUCUGGGCCCAAAGCUCUUCUUUCCCCCAGUUUAAGACUGAAGAGAUCACGGGUAUCAUGAAAGAUUUCGAUGAACCUGGCUUUCUUGCUCCCACUGGACUACACCUUGGUGGCACAAAGUACAUGGUUAUCCAAGGCGAGGCCGGUGCUGUGAUCCGUGGGAAGAAGGGCUCUGGUGGCGUAACUAUAAAGAAAACUGGCCAAGCUCUGAUCUUCGGCAUCUAUGAAGAACCUGUGACUCCAGGACAGUGUAACAUGGUGGUUGAGAGGUUGGGAGAUUACCUUGUUGAACAGGGCCUGUAGGCCUCUGCUCAAAUUAGUGAUCUCUUUGAAGAUUCUCGUAUUGGGCUUGCAUUUUUUGUCCCUGCUGUGGCCGUAAACUAGGCAGUGGAGUUGUUGCAGGAAAAUAACAGAGACAGCGGAAACAGUUGGUUUUGGCAAUUUUUGCCCAAUUGAUUCCAUGUCUUUUGCACAUUUUUUAUUGAUCCUAUUGUUUUCAAACCGAUUUUUUUGAACUGGUAUUGUUUCCAAACCGAUUGACGAAUGAACAUUUGAGAUUUUGGUUGUC